UGGCCACGGCGACGCCGAGCACCUGUAAGGUGGUCCCCGCGAGGUCCUGUCCAUCAGUCAUAGCUCGUGACGCCUCGUCACCCGAGCGCGCCAAUGGUUCUUUGCUCGAGCUUCCGAGGCCCGCUCGUUUGUUGUGACGCGUGAGAUUUUCAUUGAAAAACGAGUUUGUCGAUGUAGAUUUCCAUCAAUUUGUAUACAGUUUUGGUCGACUCCAAUAUCGUGACGAGUAAAAUUCCCAUCGGAAGUAGUUCUAUACGUCAAAUUGCCAUUAUUUUUCUCCUUUGGAAUUCGGUCGAAAUUUCGGCCGAAGUGUUGACGCGUAAAAUUUUCAUCGAAACUCCUGUCCGACCAAACGAGAUUUUGUCGAUGUAGAUUUCCAUCAAUUUGUAUACAGUUUUGGCCGACUCCAAUAUUGUGACGAUUAAAAUUCCCAUCGGAGGUAGUUCUAUACGUUAAAUUGCCAUUAUUUUUCCCUUUGGAAUUCGGUCGAAAUUUCGGCCGAAGUGUUGACGCGUAAAAUUUUCAUCGAACCCCCCGUCCGACCAAACGAGAUUUUGUCGAUGUAGAUUUUCAUCAAUUUUCAUACAAUUUCGGCCAACUGCGAUACUGUGACGAGUGGAAUUCCCAUCGAAAACCGGCCCGUCCGUUGAAUGACGUCCAGUUACCAUUGUUUUGCCCUUUGAAAUUUUGUCAAAAUUUUGGCCGAGGUGUUGACCCGUAAAAUUCGUAUGAAGCAUUUGUUCAAGUUCGAAAGAUUUGAAAUUUUACCGCUGUAUUUUGUCUAAUUUUGGUACAAAAUUUAAUCUAAACGAUGCUGCAAUUGUGAUGCGUCAAAUUUUUAUCGAGGCCCUGUCCGGUUGAAAGAAAUUUCAUGGCUUUAAUCACUUAAAUCCGUCAAAUAUCCGUCGGUUUUUCGUCGAAAUUUGGUCUUAAAUUGGACCGAAACUGAAUCUGGAUGCAACAUUUGUGGCGCGUGAAAAUUUCACUAAACUAAUAUCAGUAUUGAAAGGACUAAAAAAAGCUAAACAUUGUAAAUCGUUUUACUAUUGUGUGACAAAGCUUUUCAUAGAAAAUCCGAUAAACUACUCGAUGAUAGGAACAAAUCCCAAAAAAAGCCAGGAAGUGAAGUCGAAAAGUUUUUAACCUAUGAAAGAACCUGAGCAAGUCGCCGGAUUGGAAACUAAGAGCCAAGUGAAAUAUCAGUUUCCUCCAAACAUAACUUAGAUGGCCAUUGAGGAGAUAAGACGGCUUAGUUAUCGCGUGUUCAAGUCGAAUUAUACAUUGAAUUAUUGUGCGUGUGACUCGAGAUCAACGUAGGGUCAAGUGAAGGGGUCACGUGAGUUUUCUCAAUACUAUGCAGAGGUUCGCAGAUGUCAGAGAAUGAAGGAGCAACUGUCGACGAGAAAGGAAAUCAUCUGGAUUCACCCGAUGCCACGCCAAAGGACGGAGAUGUGGUCGACGAGACAAAAUCUGGCGCGAACGGGGAGGCUUGCACUUUGGCCAGGGAGAACUCCUCGGUGUCCAUUGGUGGCGAAGCUGAGACUGAGACUGCAACACAGAAGUUACCAGCAAAACCCAGUCUGAAGUCGAGCAACAGCAACCACCAACUAACGAAGUCGAACUCGCAGUAUCGGGUCCACUUCCCGGAACAGGAGGUCACGAAAAUCGUCGAAACGGAGAUCAUCGUCGUUCCGUCAUGCACCCAACGGGUGUUCUACCAGAUGUUCUGCUGCUGCAGCCGUCCUUACAAACCCUAAUUUACCUGACGAAACUAAGCUUGCAAAAAGCAUGAGCUUACUACAUUGCGUAAGAUACGAGCGUAAUUUUUGUAGUCUAUUUUUUUUUCUUGUCUCAGCGCAAGCGCCUACACAUAUGUAAAUAGGAACAACUACGAUCAAAGAAUGUUUGUCGAAAUUUUGUUUCAAAAUGCGUCUGAGACUUGUUUUUGGCUAUCUUAUACGAAUCACUUGUAUUCCAAAGGAAACAGGUCCAUUUUAUGAACCCUGACUUGCGUAUAUUUGUAUGCAUAUUUCAGAAGGCUGAUUAUUAAAAUUUAUAGACCAAGCUAUGGACAAAGCUAUAGAGACACAGGAGCUAAAGAAGGCUGGAAGGAUCCUUUAGGUUGAAAUGGGUGAUUGUUACAGCCAAAGGGGAAAUGAUAGACUAGCUGAAGGGUCUCUCCUGGGUGCCGUUACUCGGUCUAUUCUGUACCUCCUUUGUGCAUUAUACAACCGCCAUCUCCCACCAGUAGAAGCCCUCCAUUACCUCUUCGUCUUCUUUGUCUAUCAAUUUCAAUGAUCAGCUUGCAGAGCUCAUGAGAAAAAUUAACUUGUUUUCAUGCGAAAUCAACUGAUUUACGUGGUAAUUAUGGCUUGAUUUAAGUACUCGUUUGUCUACUUAAGUACUUACGAUAAGUUGCGCCGACUUCGGAACAAACUGUGCUUUAUGAUCGAAUAAGUUCACAAAAUGACUUCGUUUGAAAGAGAUGCAAACUGCCGAGAAGACUUUUCGUCUGCUCAAAAUGAUGAUUGAUGAGCGACGUCAUAAGCACUUGAUAUGACGAAUAUAUAUCAGGCUAUCUAGUUUGCAAAACACAUUGGUCAAACUAGGUUUAAUUUUCUGAAUAAAUUACUUAGAAAGUUGUUCAUCAUUUGGGGAAAAA